AUGAGGGCGGUGGUGAUCACGCGCGGCGGCGGCGGCCCGGAGGUGCUGGAGGCGCAGGAGGUGGAGGACCCCGCGCCGCUGGGAGACGGGGAGGUCCUCCUCCAGGUGGCCGCCGCGGGCGUCAACCGCGCCGACACGCUCCAGCGCCACGGCCGCCACCCGCCGCCCGCCGGCGCGCCCCCGUACCCGGGGCUCGAGUGCUCCGGCACCAUCCUCGCGCUCGGCCCCAACGUCCCACCGCGGUGGGCCGUCGGCGACAAGGUCUGCGCGCCCCUUAGCGGAGGCGGGUACGCGGAGAAGGUGGUGGUGCCGGCGGGCCAGCUGCUGCCGGCGCCGGAGGGCGUGUCCCUUACGGACGCGGCCGGCUUACCCGAGGUGGCCUGCACUGUCUGGUCCACCGUGUUCAUGACCAGCCACCUCUCCCCCGGUGAAUCGUUCCUUAUACAUGGAGGAUCAAGUGGAAUUGGUACAUUUGCUAUACAGAUUGCCAAGCACCUUGGAAUUAAGGUUUUUGUCACGGCAGGAAGUGAAGAAAAACUAGCAGCCUGCAAAGGUUUGGGUGCUGAUGUAUGCAUUAACUACAAAACUGAAGACUUUGUUGAACGUAUCAAACAGGAAACCAACGGAAAGGGUGUUGAUGUGAUUCUCGACAAUAUUGGAGGGUCAUAUCUCCAGCGCAAUCUGAACAGCUUAGGUGUUGAUGGUAGACUUUUCAUCAUUGGCGUCCAAGGGGGCAUAGUAGCUGAAGUGAACCUGCAAGCUGUGCUCGCACGGCGUUUGACCAUACAAGCUGCUGGACUGCGCAACAGAAGCCUUGCUAAUAAAGCAGAGAUUGUUAGUGAGGUGGAAAAGAACGUGUGGCCUGCUGUCGCUGCUGGCAAGGUGAAGCUGGUGAUUUACAAGACAUUUCCGUUAUCUGAAGCUGCUGAGGCUCAUAGGUUAAUGGAAGCUAGCACCCACGUCAGCAAGAUACUGUUGCUUCCAUGA